UCUCAAACCCUAACCAACGUAUCUUCUUCUUUAUCAUCUUUCAAUUAAAAUACCAAAAAGAAGAUCAAAAUCCAUUAGAGCUUGAUUAGUUCAAUGGACAAUAAUUAUCUUUGGGAGAUCUUCACUAAUAAGAAACAAAAUAUUAGUGAAGAUCAUGAUAAUCAUCACCACCAGCUACUUCAGAUUCCUAAUUUCCAACAAAAUGGAUUUUCUCAACAAGAUAAUCAAGAUCUCAUAGAGGAUCCUGUUGGUUCGUCAGUUAUUACGUCUCAGUUGCAAACAAGUUGCGAUCAGUUAUAUAAACCUUCAACAAUCAACACAAGUACUUCAAUUGUUACACCUCGAUUCCAAACAAAGUGUGAUCAGCUAUAUAAAUCUUCGGCAGCUAGUACAAGAAGUACUUCAAUCAAUAUGCCCGGUCAGUUCCAAACAAGUUGUGAUCGGCCAUAUAAAUCUCCAGUAGGUACUAAAAGUACUAAUCUUGAUCGUAAUAAUAAGGAGGGGUUAACAAGAAAUGAAUCAAAUAAGCUCAAGAAAGUUGUGCAUAGAAAUGUUGAAAGGCAUAGAAGGAAAGAAAUGGCAAAUCUUGUUAAUUCUCUAAGAUCUCUAAUUCCCAUUGAGUUCAUCAAGGGCAAACGUUCAGCAUCAGAUCAUAUGCAAGUAGCUGUGAAUUAUAUAAAGCAUCUUCAGAAGAAUAUACAAGAGUUAGAUAAUACAAGAAAAAAUAUCAAGAAUAUUAUUUCAUUGGAUGAUCAAAAUAAAAGUUCAACAAAUAUUACUUUUCAGAAAAAUAAUAUUUGUGUCACAGUGAAUAAAUGUGAAGAUGGUAUGGAGAUUUUGAUUAAUGUCAAUAAUAGCCAUAAAGAGGAAAUUUUUUCUUUGUCCAAAGUGCUGAGAUGGCUACUUGAAGAAGGGCUAAAUGUGGUUAGUUGUGUCAAUUCCAAACAAGAUGAAUGUAGUUUGAUCAUGAUCCAAUGUCAGGUGAAUAAUAUAUCAUCAGGUCUCACUCUUGUUGGGCUGCAAAAGAAACUGAUUGAUUUGAUUAAUUAGAACAAAGAUGGAGGCGGAUUCCGAAUUUAGAUUUGGUGCGUUUGAUUUCAAGAUUCUUAACAUUAAGUAGCUAUAUUUUUGAACUCAUGAGUUCAAAAUAUAGAUAAUAUUUUCUAACUUUUCAUAGUUUUUCACGUGUGUAUAUCUACAUUUCAUCAAAAAAUUAUUGGAUUUGAUUGAGUCUUUGUGCAUAAAACAUACAAUGUUUGGUAAUUGGUCAGCGGCGUAUUCAAAACUCUUGAUAAGA